GCGGCCCCAGGGGCCCAAGAGCCGGCUGGAAGGAGGGGUGAUGGGUUAGUCCAGAGUUUCUAGGCGCCAACCCGGUGCGGGACGAGGUAGAGGCAGGUAAACGUGUUCUUGUUGCUCGAAGAAGCUAGUGACCCAGUGUAACAAGGUCCGAAGAGCUGGUCCGAAGCGGGGCACCGAUUGGUCCCCAGGACCGUGGAUGAAGGACGUGGGUUGUGACGGGUCUCGCUCAGUUCUGCCCACAAAGGAGUCGAGGGCGAGGAGAGUUCUCUCAGUACCCGCCCAGGCAGGGGAGAGUGGGGAUGCGGGUUAACGAGGCCAUGCGAGCACAGUGGGACUCCGUCGGCAGUCGGGAGGCACCAGCGAGGGGUGGCUCGGCGGCGGCGCCCCCAGGACAGCCCCUUUUGCCCGAAGUCCGCGGGAGCCUGGCAGGUCCUGGGGGGCCCCCGGGACAUGGGGCUCGCGCCCUCCCGGCUGCAGAGGCGCCGGAGGGGCGGGGACAGGCAGGAGGGGCGGGGCGGGGGCGCGGGCGCGGGCGGUUGGGGGCGGGGGCAGAGUCCGGCGGGGAGGGGACGGGAGGAGCGAAGGGGCCUAGAGGAGUCCGCCGAAACCUUGGGUGUGAGGCCGGCGGCCGGCAGAAGCGUCUGGGGUGGACUGGCCCGAGAGGGAGCCCCGUUUCCGACCCGCCGGAGGAGGCCACCCAGAGGGCGGACAGACAGAGGCAGGGAGGGCCAGCAUGCCCCCAAUGCUGUUCCCCGCCCUGCCGCUGCUCCUGGGCGCCACGCUGACCUUCCGGGCGCUCCGGCACGCGCUCUGUCGCCUGCCCCUGCCCGCGCACGUGCGCGCCGACCCCCUGCGCACCUGGCGCUGGCACAACCUGCUCGUCUCCUUCGCCCAUUCCAUUGUGUCAGGGACCUGGGCGCUGCUGUGUAUAUGGCAGACCCCUGAGAUGCUGGUGGAGAUUGAGAGAGCAUGGUCGCUUUCUGGCUAUCUUCUUGUUUGCUUUUCCGCAGGGUAUUUCAUGCACGACACGGUGGAUAUCGUGAUUAGCCAUCAGUCACGAGCUUCUUGGGAGUACCUCGUCCACCACAUCAUGGCUAUGGGCGCCUUCUUUUCAGGCAUCUUUUGGAGGAGGUUUGUCGGUGGGGGCGUCCUAACCCUGCUGGUGGAAGUCAGCAACAUCUUCCUCACGAUCCGCAUGAUGAUGAAGAUCAACAAUGCCCAGGCUUGCCUCCUCUACCGCGUCAACAAGUACAUCAACUUGGUCAUGUACUUUCUCUUCCGCCUGGCCCCUCAGGCCUACCUCACCCAUGUCUUCCUGGGUUACGCUGGGCAGAGGACCCUGGGAACCUUCCUGCUGGGCAUCCUGCUCAUGCUGGAUGUCAUGAUCCUCAUCUACUUUUCCCGCCUCCUCCGCUCUGACUUCUGCCCCCAGCGUGUCCCCAGCCAGCAACACAAAGACAAGUUCUUGACUGAGUGAAAAGUGCGGUCAGGAACUUGUGGCUAGGACAGUGAACACAGCCAAGAAGGGCCUGAGAGGACUUAGCCCCUUGCCUGAGGCAUCCUCUGGGGCCAGCCACUCCACCUUUCAAGCCUGUACCCACUAAUGAAAACAGUCCUCCGAAGUCCUUGUCCUUUCUUGGGCAAGGGGUGAGGGAAGCAGACAGACCGGUUGGACACGGUAAAUGGGUGUGGGGACAAGGUGCUACCGGAAAGCCAGCCAACUCGCACUGCCCUGAAAUGGAUGCUAAUGAAAACUCUGGAUACUGGUUUCAUACAAAGCCUCUUCCAGAAAUAAAGGAAGGGGUUCUUAUAAAGUUUCUUGCUUGGUCUCUUACCUCUAUGGAGGCCAAGCUGUAGUUGUCCUAAGACAACUCUAUGUCACAAAUAUCU